AUGCCCGCCUCAAGAAUCGACAGUCGCAAGACGCCGCAGCUAGGUAGCGAUGAUUUGGUCCCAUUCGACCAUGUUGCCGCGGGCCAUGAGGGCGUCCGCUGCACUCAUUCCGGCUACAUGAUCGCGAAACCGUGCACGAAACAGGAGAUCGAGUUCUACGAAUCGAGCAACUUCCACAACGCCUUCCAAGAGUUCAUGCCCCUCUUCCUGGGCACUCUCUCGGCCUCCGAUCAGCAGGAACCGCUGGCGAUCGCGGCCGCCCAGGAAGACGGCGCUCUUUUUCUUCCUGGCCCUCUUGAGGCCCCAGCUGCUCCCCCCACUCCAGCGGAGGGGGAGUCCGCCGCGCCAAGCGCCGCCAAAUCCAACCAUGUGCUAGAACAGCACUGGGUGCCGUCUGGGGGCAAGAAGCUGGAUACGGGCUUGUCCAUUGUACUGGAAAAUGUCGCUUGUGGGUUUCGCCGACCAAACGUGUUGGAUGUUAAGCUCGGAGCUAGACUCUGGGCGGACGAUGCUCCGCCAGCGAAACGCACCAAGUUAGAUGCUGUCUCCAAGGAGACAACGAGCUCUACAUUGGGAUAUCGGAUUGCCGGGAUGAAAGUAUGGACGGGUGAGAAUGGUGGGACGAACGAGGGCGCCCAUACCGACCCGUAUGCCACAAAAUACGAGGGCUCGGAAGGCGCAAGGGGAGAAGUCAUUGAGAAGGACGGGUUCCGACGAUAUGACAAGUGGUAUGGGCGCUCAUUUCACGAAGGAAAUGUGAAGCAAGGGUUUGAGACCUUCCUCGCCGGAGCCAAAGCUGGCAAGGUGGACCGCUCUAAGUUGAUUGCUGAGCGAUUGGCCAAGGAGUUGAAAAAUAUCCAGGAAGUUCUUGAAGCUGAAGAGAGUCGCAUGUACUCUGCCAGCGUAUUGAUUGUCUACGAGGGUGAUCCAGAGGCGAUGGAAGAUGCAUUAGAAGAGGAAAAGAAGAUACCGGAUCCAAGGGAUCAGAAAGAAGAAGACGACGACGACGAAGACGAUGAAGAAAAUGGCUUCGAAAUAUCAGAACAGGCUUUGGAGCUUGUUGAUGUCAACGGCAUGGCCCAAACAGCCAUCAACAUCAGCAUUGAUCCCCAAACAAUGGAGAUGCCCACGUUAGUUGACGAGGAUGACGAAGAAGACCCACCAAAAGUCCACGACCUCCGCGUGAUUGAUUUUGCCCAUGCCAGAUGGGCCCCUGGAGAAGGGCCGGAUGAGAACAUGUUGAUGGGCAUCCGAAGCCUAGUCAAGGUUUUUGAGGAGCUUGCUCUGUGA